AUGUCAAAUACAACAGCUGGUUCAGGUGUUUCUGUGGGCAGAAAGCAUAAGAAAAAACCAGGACAGUCAUCUUCUAAAGUAAUAGCAUCAGCCUCUAAAAAUCCAGUCACAUUCAUUGCUCCAUAUAAUGAAAGCGUUAUAACUCCCAUAGCAUUAACGAAGGCACAUUUUCUUGAUGCGUAUUCGAAAGGGAAAUGGAACUUAUCAAAAGUACCUUGUCCUCCAUGUUUUGAAGAUGUAGGUUUUAUGUCACCGCCAGAUUGUUAUCAAGAAUUAAAUCGUCGAAAGUCAGUUCAAAAAUAUAAUAAUUUAAAGCAUUGGGAUAAUAAAAUAAUUUUCAAGAAGCAAAUACGUCAACUACGUAAAAAUUUGAAUGUUAAUGGAUUUUCCAUUUCAUUGAUUGAUAAAAAUAGAACAAUCAUUAAAUACGAAAUGUUAUUAGAUUUGGGGGAAAUCCCAAGAAUUGCAGCCAUCGAUUCUCAUACUAUAUUGUCACAAGGUUAUUUUUUAUUAUUGGAUGCAUCACAAGAUUGGAGAACUCGAACAAAUCCUUUUGUUAAAGGUUUGCCAUAUAUUAAAUUUUAUUGUGGAGUUCCAUUGAUUGAUGAAAAGGGGUACAAUAUUGGUGCGUUGUCAGUAUUUGAUUCAUUUGCUAAAAAAGAAUUUAAAGAAGAACAUUGUGAAAAGUUAAUUGAAGUAUCAAAAGAAAUUAUGAAAAUAUUAAAUACUCCAUAUGAAGAAAUCUUUGAACAAAUUAAAGUAUUAGAAUCAAAUAAAUUGGGUAAUGAUGUUUCUUUGAGAAACAAUGAAUUAAAAGAAUUAUCACUUAAAUUAGGUCGAGCAACUAGUAGAGGUGGUACAUUAAUGUCAGUUUUUGAAAAAGAUGGACUGGGUAAUGCUUAUUCACAAAAUCAUAAUUUUAGAUUUUCAAAAUUUUUAAAGGAAGAAUCAAAUGAAGAAGAUAAAUUAAUACAACAAGAAAAAUUAUCAAAUUUUAAUAAAUUAUAUCAAGUUGGUAGUUUAAAAAUUGCAGCUUCGAUAUUAUCGAAAACUAUAUCUACAAAUUGUAAAAUUGAUUUUGUUUAUUUCUUAGAAAUUAGAAUCUCUGAACAAUUCACCAUUUCAAAUAAGUAUUUCCCUCCAAAUGUUAAAAAAAUUGAUGCUGAAAAAUUUAAAUAUGCCAAUAAAUUAAUUAAGGUUAAUGAUUCAGAAGGAGCUAAUGUCGAUUUAAUGACUAGAAUCAUUGGAAUAUAUGGUUCAAGUCAUCAGGCUUUAAAUUUCGAAAAUUUAAUUCAUUAUAAAGCUUUUUUAUCAGAAUUUGGGAUUAAGUACGAAAAUCCAUCUAAAUUAACUCCUUAUAAUAAAGGGAUUAUCAUGCCAUUUUAUCGAUAUAAUUGCAAGUUGAUAAGAAAAGAUAAAGGCAAAGAUAUUGGAGGUAAUCAAAAGAUUAAUGUUUAUCUUAGAAGUGGUGGAUAUUUAGGUUUUCGAUAA